AUGGCAUCCCAUCAGAUCGCCAUUGCGAAGGCGGCCUUCUCUGCUUGCCUCUUACGCCCCGAUCCCACGUCAGUCCCUCGAGACGACAUCGCUGCCUUCCAUUCCCAUCUCGAACGCGCCUUAUCACAUUGCUCCCCGGCAAACAUCCAGACCUGCAAAGCAUGGCUACUCCACUUUGUCCUCUCAUCUUCCAACCGGGUAGGAGGACUAGCCAAAUACCUGGUGGCAUUGGCGGAAUCCUUCGAUGAAGCUCCAGCGAGCGCUAAGCCAAACCCUUCGUCGAAGCGUCGCCGGCUCCACAUACUCUAUCUCCUCAAUGAUCUGCUGCACCACAGCAAGUACCACCUGGACAGCACGGUGGUCUUCUCCACAGUGAGCGGGUCCCUACAGCCAUUCAUGGUCGACCUACUCGGCCACGCUGCAGCGUACGAUCAGCAUAAGCACUCCCGACACCAUCGCCGCCUAGAUGAUCUACUUGAUAUCUGGUCCGAGCACGGAUAUUUUGGUCCCGACCUGCUCUACAGACUGCGAGAAGUGGUGAAGCACUCGGCCUCCACGGGAGCUCCGCCAUCAUCGAACGAUGUCCUGGCCAGCGAGGCAGAUGCGGUCAAGAAGUUGCCCGGAAAGGAUGCACCAUUUAUCAUGCCAUCGACUCAUGGCGACUCGUCAACACCGUACUAUGAUCUUCCGGCCGGCAACCUGAUCCCCCACAUCAUCCCCAACUCGACUAUCCCUCUUCACGCCGAUACCAUCAAACCGCUUCAAUUCCUCGCUGGCCCUGCAGAUGAGAACUUGGUACAAGCUCUCAAGGGAUUCUUGAAGGACGUGGAUCAAAUUUACGGAACUCAGGAGCUCGUCAAAGAUGAUGGGAACAUCGAUAUUGAUGAGCUAGGUCAGAGGAUCGUGCGGGACGAGAUCACUGGGGACAUUCUAGAUGGUGAGACAUACUACGGCUGGUCCCGAGCAUUCUGCCAGCAGAUGAAAAAGCGAGGACCCGAUGGUACUCGCAGUCGCAGUCGCAGUCGCAGUCGAAGUGUCAGCGGAGCUCGUGAUCUCAAACGCAGGCGUUAUAGCGAUAGCUCUAUGGACAGCCGAACCUCCCGAUCGCGGAGUCGGUCUCCGCCUGCCGCGAAAGCCCAUAUUCCCCACGACAAGCCUCACCACCUUCGCAACCUCAACAGCCUCAUUUCCCACCUCCCCACCAAGCUUCACAUGCCCACCCCCUUCCCUCUUACCCCUAUGCACAGUAUGCCCCUCCGGAGGCCAAUUUCCCUCCCCCCACCUCCACAAUACCCGGGCUGGCCACCUGCUCCACCCCCACAGUUCCCGAACAUGGCCUUUCCCCCACCUGGCCCCGGCAUCAACCCUCCAGCCUUUCCCCCUUCUUUCCCUGGACAUCCUAUGCCUGUGCCUCCAGGACAGGCCCUACCUCCUGGACAGUAUCACUUCCCGCCUCCUCAUCCUGGCGGGCAGCAUGGCGCCCCUUGGGGGCCUCCUGGUGGCCGGAACUGGCGAUAG